CAAAUUUAAAAGCUGUAGAAUCUGAAUUGAAAAAACUUCACCAGUGGGCUACUAGCGUAGCAUCUAAACAGGAAUUUUUCUUAGCUGGUCUUACUAUUAGUAAAACUCAAAUACAUUUAUUACCAGAAACUGCUCGAGCUA